CACGAUCAGGCCACCCGCACAUCAUGGCAUGCAAAAAGCAACGAUCAGGCACACACGUCUCACGCCCCCGUCGGCACCCAACCUCCUUGCUCCUCCCGAUCUCAUCUAUCUCCUGAAAAAAAUCGCCACAGCCGUCCAGCCCGAAGCAGCCGCUCUCCCUCGUAUUCCUCGCCGUCGUCCACUCCUAGAGCUUCCUCCUCCACCAAGCGCCCGCCCUCCCAUGGUCGUGGCCCAUCCUCCACUUUUCCUCACUGUACAUCCCCGCACCGACGUACACGAAGCUCACGCAGGCCGCCAUUUAUCAUGCUCACCACCAUCCUCGCGCUCAAGCACAGGCCACACAUAGAUGAUGGCGUUGGCCGCGUCGACGAGGUUGGGAGUUCCUCGACCCAACCCUUGCCCUCGCCUGCAUUGACGGGCCUGCCCGUGACGGGACCGAGACCAUGUCCAUCUCGCCGUGCCUCGUGAUCCCCACUGCGGCGCCCUGCCCCGUGCUGCUGCCGCGGGCGCGCGGCCCGCCGGGAAUGCGGGCUUUUCCCCCGCCGUGCGCACCGGCGCGCUCAGGGGAUACGCCGCUCUGCCGCAGCCGCUGGUCCGGCCGUGCCGGAGCCGGGGGAGCGCCGUCGUGUGCAACGCGUCGGUGUAGCUCAGUCCGCCCACGACGCAGUGGGUCUCCGUCGCGGCCGCCGCAGUGCUCUUGCUUGCUAAAGGCAUAGGCAUACACAAAUCUUUCCUCGUGCCAUUGUUUGUUCUGCAAGCACCUAGCCCAGUAAUCUCAUGGAUCAAGAGUGAAUAUGGGCUGUGGACUGCUUUUCUUGCGCUUGCAGUGCGUUUGUUCUUACCCUUUCCAGAUGAGCUAGAGCUUCCACUGUCAACGAUGCUGGCGGCCAGCAUUGCUCCUUACCAGGUGAUGAAUGUGAGUUGCCAAAGAAAAGGAUAAAUUUUCAGAUAGAGCUCAGCGCAACAGAGAAACAGUCCAGCAGUGCUCCUCCGUCCCCGCCGGACGCCGCUCAAAUGGAGCCCGCGACGUACGCCUCUUUGCCGCUCGCGCAAGAUCAAGAAGCGUUGUCGGGGCCGCCGCAGACUGUACAGCUGGGCCAGGCGCGACAGCGCGGGGGUGGCUGGCGCGCCUGGGCACGCCGCGCGUACACGGUGAUCGCCCUGCUCGCCUUCACCGCCGGCUACGGCUUCGCGUGGGCGGUGCGCCGGACGCACCGCAGCCCGUGCGAUCUAGCGUUCGUGAUCACAGCCUACUACCUCGUCGCCGUGCUCUGCUGCUGCGUCACGAAGCUGCAGCUCCAGCGGCUCGACGUCGACGACCACCCGGCGGCCGCCCCCGAGCGGCGGCGGUCCAUGCUCGCCGUGUGGGCAGUCUCGGUGCUGUUCCUCGCUACCUGCUUCGCGUGGGCGGUGCACCGGACGCGCCGCAGCCCGCCCGACCUCGCGUUCGUGGUCACGACCUACUGGUUCGUCGCCGUGCUCUGCUGCUCUGUCUGGAAGCUCCAGCUCCAGCGGCUCGACGACGACCCGUCGUUGGCCCCCGAGCGGCGCCGGGCCAGGCUCGCCGCGUGGGCGGUCUCUGUGCUCUUCGUCGCCGCCUGCUUCGCGUGGGCUGUGUACCGCACGCACCGCAGGCCGCGCGCCCUGGCGUUCGUGAUCGCCACCUACUACCUCAUCGCCGUGCUAUACUGCUGCCUCAGGAAGCUCGAGCUCCUACGGCUCGAGGACGACCCGGCCGCGGGGCCCGAGCGGCGGCGGACCAGGCUCGCUGCCAUGGCGGUCUCGGUGGCGCAGGGCAGCACGGUUGCGCUGAGUGCCGCGGACAGGAUGCCGAACCUGGCGCUGAAGCUGGCCGUGUUUGGGCUCACCGCCAUGGCGAUGGGCCUCGUGUACUUCUUCAUUUUCAACCGCAUGGAUGGGGAGUACGGGCGUGCUCAAUCGGCCGCCGCCCCCCGGCCGGAGAGGCCUUUGCACGAGCAAUCCCCGGAUCAGAGGGCCUAGCAUAAUGUGGAAUGAGUGCUCGUUGCAUAUUCGACCGAGACGGACCUAGCUAGACCGUACGUAUUCGUAGAUUGUAUUAUACUGUAUAGUACUACACGUGUAGCGUGCAAAAUGGAGACUCAAAGUGAAAACACUUUAGCUGUA